AUGUCACAAGCUCGUCUACCACCCCCUCCUCCUCCGCAAUGGGUUGUUUCGUUAAACUCCCCGAUGCCGCGCCCCUCAAAGGCCGCAUCUAGCAUCCCGGACCCGCCAGGCUUCUCGAGCAGUCGGGGAGGCAAGCAGCGCCAGCAACAGCAGCAACAAUCUACCACGAAGAAACCCGACGAGACCGACGCGCUUAAGAUGAAGAAAGCGUGGGAGAUCGCCAUCGCUCCAUCCAAGCAGAUCCCCAUGAAUGCCAUUAUGAUGUACAUGUCCGGCAACAGUCUUCAGAUUUUUAGCAUUAUGAUGGUCCUUAUGUUGUUUAAGGGUCCCAUCCAGGGUCUGAUAGGCACCAACGCAGCGUUCGCCAAAUACGAAACCCCAUCUACACAUUCGCGUCUGCUUGGAGUCAAGGUGGUCUAUAUGUUGAUGCAGCUGGUAUUACUGGGUCUGGGUAUCUGGAAGGUUAAUGCGAUGGGUUUAUUGCCAACUACGAGAUCGGAUUGGUUAGCAUGGGAAUCGGAACGGCAGCCUUUGGAGCGGGCUCAUUUUGCUUUCAGGUGA